AUGGAAGCGGACGCUGCGGACCAUGAGGAGGCUUCGUCGCUGGCCCUAGGAGAAGUCGUCGCUGAUAAGGCUGGCGAUGAUCUCGUCGCCCUUGACCCACUCCAGGAAGCUCGCAAACGCCGACAGAUGCUGGCUGAGCUUGCGGCGAAUAACAAGGCUGAUUCGGAAGUCGAAGAUCCCUUGCAAUGGUGGAUCUGUCAUGCGGCAGACUACCCAGUUCUGUCGCAAAUGGCUUUCGACUUGUUCACUUACCAAAAGGUCAUCACGGAUGAGCGGAAUCGCCUCAGCUCCAACACCGUGGCAGCUAUCGAAUGCCAAAAGCACCUACUUCGAUCUGGCAUGCUAUCGUAG